GGCCUGCCCGCCGGGGCCUCGUGUGAUGGCAGUGGCACUGCGCUGCGACUUCGUGUUUGCUGCACGGUGCCCUCCUUCUCCGCAUCUCAGCGGUCUUGCUAGCUCGUCUUGGGCUGUGCUUGCUUGCUGUCUCUUGACAUAUCCCUUGCCCGCUCGAAUAUAUAAAGCCCGGCUUCUGUCUUCUUCUGGCUCCAUCAUCUCAUCAGCAAUCCUCAGCUCCUCACAUCUACUACUCUAUCAAACUCUCUCUCUCUACCUCCAAACCUACAACCAACCUCUCCGCAAAAAUGCAGUUCACCAACGCCCUCAUUGCCGCCAUCAUGGCCACCGUCGUUGCCGCCGCUCCCACCCCGGCCGACAAGCUCAUGACCGACACCCAGGCUGCGCAGUGGACGAUCAAGAGCUUCACGCGCUCGUGCAACCAGGCCGACACGUCGUGCCACGUCUCCUUCUCCGUGGACACCAAGAACGGCGCUCCCCAGGCCUGCUCCUACGACGUCUCUGGCCAGCCCGCCUCGCGCACCGACUACAACUCCGUCGCCUGCGGCCCUUACACCAUCUCCUCGGGCUGGAGCGGCCAGUUCGGCCCCGACGCCGGCUUCUCCACCCUCGCCGUCACCAACGGCAAGCAGAUCAUCUACCCGGCCUACACCGACAAGCAGCUUGUCAACGGCCAGGCCGUCGCCCCCGACCAGAGCUACGCUCCCCAGAACCUUCCCGGCCAGUAGUUUAGAGGCGCAGGGUCUUUUGUUGCAAGACAGAAGAGAACGUAGGGCGGAUUUCUUUGGUCACGAUGGUUCCGAAUCAACGUUAAUUGCCGGUUGAAAAUGGCAUCGGAUGGGAAAAUGCUGGGCUGAGUGGACCACAUUCCUUAAUGUAGUAAUCCUAAUCGCUCGAUCG